AAGUGCUUUGCUUGAAUGUGAACGCGUAUGUCAUGACUCUGACGUGAGAUUCGCCUGACGCCCGGCCCUUCAUAUCCCCGGUAUCUUGGAUCACCCGUUAAGUAGCCGGCCUUGCUCGCUUCUGACCUUGUCGCUUUGUGGGCGAGUGCAGCCACGCGAGGCGGCCUUCGGCUUUGAAGAUAACCCAACCGGCCAGCACCGUCGGCAGUCAUGUGAUGCUUGCCGACUGGGCGAAGGUGGGGGUGGAUCCGAUGCGAGUACAUAUGUGCUACUUCCGGUGGGCGGCCCCCCACCAUCCAGCAUGACCCAGCCGCGCAAGCCAUCGAUUGAGGAGUGCGACGCGGCGAUCACCCGCAAGGGCGGCCCGUUCGAGCUGGAAACGAUCAUGCACAACGGUGUGCAAGAGAAGUUCUGGGUGCAGGGCUUGAAGACGAUGCGCGAGCUCGUGCUCGACGGCCUCCCGCGGGGCGGGGACGCCGUCAUGGUCAACGCGCCGGUGCCGGAGCCCGGGCCGAAGGAGGAGCGGAUCGACACGACGUUCGCGCAGGUGUGGGCGCGCUCGCUCGCGCUCGCCGUGUGGCUGCGCGCGCGCGGCGUGCGCAAGGGCUCCUUCGUCGCCAUUAUCGGAUACAACAGCGUCGAGUGGAUCGUGAGCUGGUGCGCUAUUGAGCUCCUCGGCGCUGUGCCGGUUAUGGUGAACGCCGCGCUGCAGCCCGAGCCGUUUGCACACUGCUUGAACAUUACGAACCCUGUCGUCGUGCUCUGCGACGCGCCCAGUGCUGUCAUGUGCGGGCGCGUGGCCCCGCGCCUCAAGAACGUCGGCCCAAUCUUCAGCUUCAACGAGCACGCGUGGCUCGACAAGAGCUGCAAGGUGCCCGUUAUCGACCUCACGACCCUCAAGGCUGCCAAGGAGGAUACGGACGACAUUGUCAGCGGCAACGGACUCGGCCUGCAUGACUUUGGGCCGGAGAGCGACGGCGUCAUCUUCUUCACGUCCGGCACGACGGGCUUCCCCAAGGCUGUGCUCUCGAACCAGCGCGCCGCGCUGCACAACCUGCACUCGGGCAAGUUUUUGAUGGCGCGCACGGCGAUGCGCAUGGGCGCGCCGGCCGACAUGGCGAUCCAGUUCGCGAUGGCGCCGCCGGAAAAGCAGAGCGUGGCGCUGCUGUGCAUUCCGCUGUUCCACGCCACGGCCGGCGAAGGGUGGCUGCAGAAGCUGAUCCACAUGAACCAGAAGCUCGUGCUGCUGCGCCGCUGGAACGUCGCGGACGCAGUCAAGGCGUGUGUCGACUACCAGUGCGGCGUGAUCGGCGGCGUGCCGGCCGUCGUCGUCGCCAUCAUCCAGCACCCCGACCUGCCAAAGGACCACAAGUUUGAGUCCACGCUCAACGGCGGCGCGGCGUCGCCUGCGCGGUUGGCAAACGACCUCCGCACGCGCUGGCCCGACAUGAGCAUCGCCGUCGGGUGGGGCAUGACGGAGACGAAUGCGCUCACCACCGCCAUUGUGGGCGACGACUACGUCGCGCGCCCCAAGGCCGCGGGGUGGCCUAUGCCGUUCGUGGAUAUCAAGAUUGUUGAUCCCGAGACGCGCAAGGAGCUGCCGCGCAACACUGUCGGCGCGAUCCUCUCGCGCGGCCCCAACAACAUGACGUGUUACUACAACAACGAGAAGGCGACCCGCGAGACGCUCAUCAACGGGUACGUCGACACCGGCGACGCGGGAUACCUCGACGACGAGGGCGUCAUGUACAUCUCGGACCGGAUCAAGGACAUCAUCAUCCGCGGCGGCGAGAACAUUGCGUCCGAGGAGGUCGAGAAUGCCGUGUACACCGACGACCGGGUUGCCGAGGCCGCCGCGGUCCCCGUGCCCGACGACAUGUUGGGCGAGCUCGUCGCGGUCGCCGUCAGCCUGCGGAAGGGGUGCACCGCGACGCCCCAGCAGAUCCAGGAGCACGUGCACAACCGCGUGCGCCCGCACGCGCGCCCCGCAUUCGUGUGGGUCUCGGACGACCUGCUCCCGCGCAAUGUGAAUGGCAAACUCGUCAAGACGGACAUUAAGAAGAUUGUCGGCGAGCUGUACGCCAAGCACCUUGCGCGUGCCAAGAUGUAGGCUGGGGCUUUAGUGGGUUUCUCUGAAGAUUAAGAUAUAUGGGAUAUGGGCAUGGCCUGUGGGGGUGAGAUAGUUAGAUGCACCAAGUGUUAGAAGCAA